UGAUUUCGACAGAAAAAAUUGUUCAACAUAGCAAAUAUCAAUGUAUAUUGUGUGGAAAUGAUUUGUUUAAUGUACAAGUCAAAAUGAUGGACUUUGAUGGGAUAUUGGCCUAAAUUUUUUGCCUUUAAAGAAGACCGAUUUAUAUUAUGUCAGAUGAGAGAAAUUUCCGUACUUACUAUUAUGACAAAUUUGGGAUCGGUGGAGUGGAGGAGAGGAAAUCAUUAGAGACUCUUCUAAAAGAAAAACCAAUAAGUGUGGAAAAAUUAAAGCAGUUUUGUCUGCGAUUUGCUAUGCCAGCAAUGUAUCGAAAUUAUGUCUGGAAACUAGUCUUAGAUGUUUUGUGUGCAAAUUCAGACUCCCAUGAAUUUCUGAUGCAGCAAAGGAAACAAAAAUACAAUGACUUAAAUCAUGCUGUAAAGUUGUUACGAUAUGUUGAUGAAAACACACCCAUAGGAAAAGUCUUCCUCAAAAUGUACCUUGUGGAGUCUGGCCAGAUCAAGUUUGAGCAAUACAAGUAUGAUUCGGAGUUUGAGGAUUUCGUUUCAAUAGCAGCAACAAUGGCAAAUAUAUGUGAGGAUCUGACAGAUGCCUACCUCAUUUCUGUUGAAUUUUACAAAAUGUACAAAAAAUCCAAAGAUAGCAAUUCAAAUCUGGUUCAGAAAACAACACAGAGCCUCAAAACUGAAGAUGGAGAUGGAAAAUUGUUUGACCAUUUCCAAAAACACUCCCUAUGGAAUUCUCUUCCCUUAACAGUGUGGUUUGAUAGCUGUUUUGCUGAAGUGCUACCUGAAACAUGCCUUGAAAGAAUCUGGGACAAAGUCAUAGGAGGUGCCCAUGGCAUUGUAGUGUUUGUAGCAGUAGCUGUUUUUCUGACCUUCAAGCGACCACUUCUGAGCAUGAAGAGCAAAACAGAUAUGAUUCAAUAUUUAAUGGAGCUCCCAGAAGAUUGUGGGGAUAUCAUUGUGACUAUGGCUAUAGACUUGUGGAGCAAACAACACUCUUAACAAAGAGAGAGACCAGAGAAAAGUCAAUUAAGGGUUUUAGAAAGUUAUUAUCUCGAUUUUGUUAGGUGCAGUGUUGUAUAGAUAAAGUAACUGAACAUGGAGAAGUUAAGCUCUGUUGAAUACUUGAAUUGCUAAUGACACUUUUUACAAGAAUUAAUAUAGGUACACUAGACAAAAUUGCUCAAUGCAUUACCAAAGGAAAUUAAUAUUUUACAUUUCAAAAUUUGUCUAUGAUGUACAUUGUAUCUGAUAUAAAAUUAUGUUACUUAAGUAAAAAUUGAUAAGCAUUUAAAUGUCUUAACUGAUAAAUAACUACAAUGUAAAUGAAAAAUCAUGCACCUG